AUGGAGACAAAGAUGGGACAGCGUAAUGCCAUGAGAUGUGUCAGCUUAUUGCAUGAGGCUAGAAGAGUGGGAGAAGAGAUGCAGCUAGACGUAUUGUGCCUCCAAGAACAGUAUACGAAAGCAGGAACGAUCCCCAGAACGCCAAUAACUGCCCAGGUAGCCGCAGAAGGGCAACGUCCAAUGGCAACAAUAAUAGUAGUUAAGAAGGCCAUAACAGUGACAAAAACAUCACAAUACUGUUCAGAACAUGUAAUCUGUGUGGAAGUGUUAACCAGAAGGGAGAGUUGCAUCCUGGUCUCUAUGUUCUUUCAAUGUAGUGAUGAGAUCGACGAGUAUCUACUGAGACUAAAGUAUAUUAGCCACCUAGGACAAGCUGAGCCUCUUGUGUACUCCACUGACGCAAAUGCGAAGUCAGUCUUGUGGCAUAGCCGCCUGACUGAUGACUGUGGAAGACAGCUAGGAGAAGCCAUUGUGGAACUCAACCUGCAGCCAGCGGCGCGCCGUGUCAAAGAUUGGAAGACUGCGAGUAGAAUAACAUCGAGUGACCACAGUAUCGUACACAAUGCCAUCAUUGGAAGGGAAAUCCAAGACACGCCAGAAAACUUGCGCAUAAGGCCCAAAUCUAAGGUCAAGGAAUCUAACUGGGAAGAACUAAGAAGAGUGUUUCAGUAUCCAGGAAGUCCAUCGCUGAGUGAUACAGUAGAUGUUAAAGUGCACGAUCUGACAGUGUCUGUACACAGAGCAAUGGAGACAUCGGUACAUGUCAGCAGAGGUACCAUGCAUCUGACCCGAGAUGCAGCGGAAACUGAGAAGCGAAACAAGAGGGGCCAGGGAGCUACACCAGAGAACCAUGACCCAAGAAGAAAGAGUCCGAAGAUUGCACAGACAUAG